GAAGAAGAAACUUCCUCUUUCCUCAGUGAAGCGGUCAGAUGUUUCCUCGUGUGUCAGUCGAGUGUGAGUCUCGUCGUGAAGACGCUUGUCUUGAUGAGAGCCAGAACACAGACGAUCUGAAGCAGCGUCACACUCUUCUGCUGGGAUUGAGUUCUUCUGAAACUGGACUUUAGAGAAAUGAUGCUCAUCUUUGGACUGAUGCUGCUGCAAACUGCUGCAUGUCUGGAGUUAAACUGUAGGUUUGAUCAGUCUGAUCACUGUUACACAGCUCUGGGACACAAACUCAAUCUGAUGAUGGUGCAGGACGCUAGUAAAUAUGAUCUGUCGAUAAAAAAGAGAAUAAACAACACAGCAGAUGGUCCAGUUUGUCGAGUAAAGAAUGGCAGGAUGAGGAUGAGUCAGUGUGAUCUUUAUAAUAACAGACCUGAAGUGACAGUCAUUAAUGGGACUCUGAUAAUAAACCGUGUGAACAGAACAGAUUCAGGGAAUUACACAUUAUCACUCUUUCACUCAGACGGCACAGAAACAUCUCGAGAUCUUCAAGUGAUUGUUGAAGCUCCUAUUGGCUCAGUGGAAGUGUCAAUCAUCUGCUCCUCCAGUGGGGUGAUGAGGGUGUUCUGCUCCUCUGAUGGAGAUCAGCUCCUCUACAGCUGGACUCUGAAUGGAGAUCCACUGAUGGAUGGAAACAGCAGCAUUGAUCUGGAUGAGGAAACUGAUGGAGACAUCAGCUGCAGCGUGAAGAACCACGUCAGUCACGCACAGAAGACCAUUAGACUCAAACCCUGUCCUGGUCUGGAUCGGUUCUGCUGGUUUGGUCAGUCUGAUCCCUGUUACACAGCUCUGGGACACAAACUCAAUCUGAUGAUGGUGCAGGACGCUAGUAAAUAUGAUCUGAAGAUAAAAAAGAGAAUAAACAACACAGCAGAUGAUCCAGUUUGUAGAGUAAAGAAUGGCAGGAUGAGGGAGACUGAAUGUGAUCUUUAUAAUAACAGACCUGAAGUGACAGUCAUUAAUGGGUCUGUGAUAAUAAACCGUGUGAUCAGAACAGAUUCAGGGAAUUACAGAUUAACACUCGAGAGCUCAGACGGCACAGAAACAUCUCGAGAUCUUCAAGUGAUUGUUGAAGCUCCUAUUGGCUCAGUGAAUGUGUCAGUUAACUGCUCCUCCAGUGGGGUGAUGAGGGUGUUCUGCUCCUCUGAUGGAGAUCAGCUCCUCUACAGCUGGACUCUGAAUGGAGAUCCACUGAAGGAUGGAAACAGCAGCAUUGAUCUGGAUGAAGGAACUGAGGGAAACAUCAGCUGCAGCGUGAAGAACCACGUCAGUCACGCACAGAAGACCAUUAGACUCAAACCCUGUCCUGAGCCAACUACUGCAGCUGUGACCUCUAGUGCGACCUCUAGUGUGACCUCUAGUUUGACCUCUGAAGUGACCAGCAGCUCACAGACAUCAGAAAAUGGUACAAGUUUCUCAUCGGCUGGUACGAAUAUCACCACGGAUGUCAUUUCAAGCCCUAAAGAGAGAUUUAAGUAUUUGCUCUAUCUGAUUGCUUUGGGCUGCGCUGCUGUGAUCCUGAUUCUGCUGUUCAUCAUCGUAUGUUGCGUUUACAAGAAAAAACAGCAAAAGUCGAUAACAGCCACUGCUGGAGAUACGGAGCUUAUAUACACUGAUAUCUCUCCUGGGAAAAAGGAUGAAAAGAAGAAAACAGAAACGCUCCCAGCUGGUGAAGAGGAAUAUGCCGCAGUGCGACCACAGACAAAGAGGAAGAAAAAUGAGGAAGAGGAGGAGGUCCAGUAUGGUGUAGUAACGUUCACUCCGAACCAAUCAGUCGCUCCACAGCAGUCUUAUGAGGAGUGUGUUUACGCGCAGGUACAAAGACGCUAGUUUCACAACAACUGCUUGCGUAAGAUCGCACUUUACCCGGGAAACCAAUUGCUUUUUACACUCAUGUAUGACUUUGGUUGUUUUAAGGGUUAUACAAAGCACAUAUCUCUUUGCAACUGUAAAUUAGUUUGUGUGACACGUAGCCUACUGAUAUUAACUAUAGAGUGAGAGAUGUUGAGUAAGCAAGAGAAUGAAAAAAAGAGGAAACCAAAUGCAUUUUUUCUCAAUCUAUUGAGCUCUUCUGUUUUUAGCACUUCUCAAUUUGCAGCUGCAACUUGGCAAGAAAACAUUAAACGGGAGUCAACUUGUAAUCAUGAAUAUUGAGGAGGUCAUAGAGUUGCUCAGUAAUCACGAAAACAGCAGUUUGGUGAUUUGGAAUCAAUAAAACAUUUUUAUCUCAAAAGUCACAGAAAACCUGAGCUUGCUAGAUUGAGUUCUAGAGGAUAUAGAAGUUAUGAAGAGUUUAACGGUGAAGGGUUACAAAUAUCUGCAUUCGUCUGUCUGGAGUGAGUUGAAGCAGUCACAUAUUUCUGAGGUUUACAGCAGGGUCAGAAAUUAACGUGGGAUUGUGGCAAAAAGCCACCAGAAUGAACAAAAAUAAAUUUCAAUAUAAAGUGGCAAAAAUUGCAACAGCACAAUUAAACAAUCGAUUACAGCUGUCGUGAUUAAAGUGAAAUGUGCGAAUGAGCAAAGUGUCUAGUCGUGGAAUUCUAUUUUGAUUCGAACACUCUUCAUUUGAUUGCUUUUUUCCCCUUUGAGCCUUGUAACAAAUCACACAUGUUUCCGUUGAGCUUAGGAAUGCAUCGGCCAAUCAGAUUAGUCAGCGCUGAGUUGUUGUUUCAUUUGUGUGCCCACUUAUUGAGUUAUUUGCGCUGGUGAAUUUCCUCAUCAUAAACAACACUUUGCAGAAAUUAUGUACAUAAAAGAUUCAUUUUGUGGCUUCGGUGAUACAAGUUUAAACAUUCAACUGUUAUUGGCAAAAGUUUCAAGUAUUUUAAUUGAUUGAAGUAAUUGGUUAAAAUAAAGUAUUUAUCUUUGAAUACAACACAGAAGCUAUUAUUAAGGUGGUGACAAAAAUUAUCCUCAUGAAUGUUUUCCUAAAUGGAAAAGUUAACUUCUGACCUGGUUUACUGGUACUUCUGUUUAAAGAAAAAUAUUGCAUUAAUAAUGUCUUAAAUUUCAUUCCUCUAAUACUGGAAACGAUCUGAGAAAGGCUUGAUAAUGUCUCAGGGUUUACACACAAAAUUGCUUAAAGUACUGAAGUGUUGGUUGAAAGUAAAUUGUAUUUGUUUCUACUCGCUAAACUUGUCCAGGAAAAAAAAAAGAUAUAUAUAUAAAUGCACUCAAAACAGUUACAAAAUUUGUAUUAAAUGUUUUAUUUAAUAAUAAUUAAUUUAUACUGUCAUCCAGCUCUUUAUGUUGUUUAUAUUGUUGGAUAUACAUUGUAAACAAAACAUUUAUUUUUUUGAAAAUUGUAAAUGAUACAAAGAUUUUUUUUUCAACGUGAAAAUUGUUUCUUCACCACUUUUUUCCAAAUGACUGAGUGUAUAUGUGUGUGUUUGUAACUGUAUUAAUGCCAUGCCUUGUAUAUAAAAUCGUAUUAGUAUGUGCGCACACACGCACACACA